AUGGCCUGGCGCAACCAAGGUACCACGGGCUCUAACAACAUCCCCCUGGGAACGCGCCGUCGCUUCCAGGGUGAUGAAGAAGAUGAUAGUAGCACCGCUACUCCCUCGUCUAUGCCCGAUGGUCCUAAGCGCGGCCGCAGUCCUGUCCGAGCAGAAGCCCCAGCAGUAGAUGCUGAUGGCAUCAAAAGGCGCAAGAAGCGCAACCGUUGGGGAGACCAGCAAGAGAACAAGGCCGCCGGUCUGAUGGGCCUGCCCACCAUGAUCAUGGCCAACUUCACUAGUGAGCAGCUGGAGGCCUACACUCUGCACCUGCGUAUCGAGGAGAUCAGCCAGAAGCUGCGGAUCAACGAUGUGGUCCCUGGCGAUGGUGACAGAUCCCCCUCGCCGCCCCCGCAGUACGACAACUUUGGUAGACGUGUGAACACUCGCGAGUACCGUUACCGCAAGCGCCUCGAGGAUGAGCGUCACAAACUGGUCGAAAAGGCCAUGAAGACCAUUCCUAACUACCACCCGCCAUCUGACUACAGACGCCCCACCAAGACCCAGGAGAAGGUCUAUGUCCCAGUGAAUGACUAUCCAGAGAUUAACUUCAUUGGCUUACUUAUAGGACCUCGUGGAAACACCUUGAAGAAGAUGGAGACCGAAUCUGGCGCCAAGAUUGCGAUUCGUGGCAAGGGUUCCGUCAAGGAAGGAAAAGGCCGAUCUGAUGCCGCUCAUGCUAGCAACCAGGAGGAGGACCUCCACUGUCUGAUCAUGGCAGAGACUGAAGAAAAGGUGAACAAGGCCAAGAAGCUGAUUCACAACGUUAUCGAGACUGCCGCCUCCAUCCCCGAAGGCCAGAAUGAGCUCAAGCGCAACCAGCUUCGUGAGCUUGCGGCUCUCAACGGUACUCUCCGUGAUGACGAGAACCAGGCUUGCCAGAACUGUGGUCAAAUCGGACAUCGCAAGUACGACUGUCCCGAGCAGCGCAACUUCACUGCAAACAUCAUCUGUCGCGUCUGUGGUAACGCUGGCCACAUGGCCCGUGAUUGUCCCGACCGCCAGAGAGGCAGCGACUGGCGCAACAAUGGCGGUUUCCCUGGUGCCCGUGGCCCUGGUGGUCCUGGUGGUCCUGGUGCUCCCCGUAUCGGUGGUACUGGCGAUGCUGUCGACCGUGAGAUGGAGCAACUCAUGAAUGAGCUAUCUGGAGGUGCUCCUGGCGAAUUCCCGCCUCGUCGCAUCGAAGCCGGCCCCGAUCAGGGUGGUUACCCUCCCGCCGAUGACCGUGAUGCGAACCCCUGGCAGCAACGCGGCCCGCCCCCGCCACCAAGUGAUGUGGCUCCCUGGCAACAGCGACGCGAGCACCGUCCCCGCGAUGACUAUGGAUCUCGCGACAACGGCCCUGCUCCUUGGGCACAGAAGCGUGGCGGUGACUCUGGCGGUUACGGCGGCGGUGGUUAUGGAUCUCACGGUGGCCAUGGUGGUCAUGGCGGUGGUGGUGGAUAUGCUGCGCCUGGCACUGCCCCCGGUGCUGCUCCAUGGCAACAGCAGGCUGUCCCCGGUGGUCAGCCCGCGUACGGAUAUGGGGGAUACGGUUAUGCUGCCCCUGGAAUGGCCGCUGCUCCCCCACCACCCGGCAUGGCCCCUUGGUCGUACGGAGCUGCUGCUCCUGGUGCCCCAGGCGCUGGCAGCCCUCCACCCCCUCCCCCUCCUGUCGAUGGACCCCCUCCCCCACCUCCCAGCGACCUGCCUCCCCCUCCUCCCCCUCCCGCUGCUUAA